CCCCAACUGCCUCCCAGCACCAACUGCCACUCCCAGGGCUGGGAUCCAGGACGCCGCCAUGCUGUGCCUCCUGUUCCUGAUCUGCGGGCUCGCAGGGCUGGGCUGGCCCCUGGUGAACUACUCGGAAAAACCUCAAGUGCAAGUUAUAGUUCCUGAGAAAAUCCACUCUGUGAAAAGCGGAGGAGAUUCGGAAUCCGAAGUGUUCUACAAAAUUAAAAUUGAAGGGACAACAUAUGUUGUGAAGCUAGUACAAAAAAUGUUUUUACCUCAAUAUUUUAACGUUUAUGGUUAUGAUGAGGAAGGGAUUAUGAAACCUCUUGAACAACAGACUCAGAGUUUUUGCUACUACCAAGGACAUAUUCAAGGCUACCCAAAAUCUUUGGCAAUCAUUAACACGUGUAAUGGACUCAGGGGCUUACUGCAGUUUGAAAAUUUUAGCUAUGGAAUUGAACCCCUGGAGUCUUCUGUUGGUUUUGAACACUUGGUUUAUCAAGUAAAACAUGAGAAGAAAGACAUUCCUCUAUAUGCUGAGAAAGAUGUUAGUUUUAAAAAUACGACCUAUAAAAUAAAAAGUGUAAAGCCAUCAGAUUUCUCUCAGUACAUAGAAACGCAUAUUGUAGUUGAAAAAGCUUUGUAUAAGCACCUGGGUGGUGAUACAGCUGUUGUCACGCAGAAAAUUUUCCAGUUGGUUGGACUGAUGAACGCUUUUUUUAGCUCCUUAAAUCUUACCGUAAUUCUGGCUUCACUGGAGCUUUGGAUAGAUGAGAACAAAAUUGCAACCACUGGAGAUGUGAAUGAGUUAUUACACAGAUUUCAAAAUUGGAAGAAAUCUUACCUUGUUCUGCGUCCACAUGAUAUGGCAUUUUUACUUGUUUACAGAGAAGCCCCCAGUUACAUCGGUGCCAUCUUUCAAGGAAUGAUGUGUGACAAGGACUACGGGGGAGGCAUCGCCCUGUACCCCAGAACCAUAACACUGGACUCCUUUGGAAUUAUUUUAGUUCAGUUACUGAGCCUGAGCAUGGGAAUCGGUUACGAUGACAUUAACCGAUGUCACUGCCCAGGAGCUGUCUGCAUAAUGGACCCGGCAGCAAUUCAUUCUGGUGGCAUGAAGAUGUUCAGUAACUGCAGCAUGGACGCUUUUGCACAUUUCUUGACCAAGCAGAUGUCUCAGUGCCUUCAGAAUCAGCCACAUUUGGAGCCUGUUUACAGGGAGUCGGCUAUCUGCGGCAAUGGCAUAGUGGAACAAGGCGAAGCCUGCGACUGUGGAACAGAGGAGGAGUGCCAAAGCAAUGAGCCUGUCUGCUGCGAAUAUGCCACAUGUACACUGAAAAGCUCUGCAAAAUGUGCUCAUGGCCCGUGUUGUGAAAACUGUGAGAUCAAGAAAGGAAAGAUAUGCCGGCCUGCCAGGGAUGAGUGUGACUUUGAUGAUCACUGCAACGGUUCAUCUAUACAAUGUGGAGAAGAUAUUUACGUUAUUAACGGGAACAAAUGCGGAGGUGAACGAUGGAUCUGCAUGCAGGGGAAGUGUCAGAGUGGGAAGUCUCAGUGUGUAGAACUAUUCAGUGCAGAUAUAGAAUUUGGUUCAGAUGAGUGUUUUCAAGAAGUUAAUUCUAAGAAUGAUAUUUCUGGAAACUGUGGUAUAGUCAGCCCUGGGAUAUACAAACCAUGUGCACCUGACCAUGUGAAGUGUGGAAAAUUAAUAUGUUUAUAUCAUAAGAAAGAAGUACUCAAACAUAAGGAAGCCAUUACUAUUUAUAGAAAUGUAAGUGGACAGAUCUGUGUUGGCGUGGAAUAUCCCCUCACACAUGAAGAAAAUGAAAAGAUGUGGGUACAAGAUGGUACAAGAUGUGCACCUGAAAAGGUUUGUAAGAAUAAACAAUGUGUAGAUGAGUCAGUCUUGGGUUUUGACUGCACGCCACGAACUUGCAACAAUAAUGGUGUAUGCAAUAACAAAAAGCACUGUGUUUGUAAUCCCCAAUACCAACCUCCAAACUGCGAGAACCCACAGGGUAGGAGUGCUGAGGAUGAGCAUGAACUAUUUGAAUCAAUCCCUGAAAAGAAUUAUAUUGAAAGUCCUUACCAUACCAAGCCUAAAAAAUGGCCAUUUUUCUUGAUCAUUCCUUUUUUCAUUAUUUUAUCUGUACUGAUUGCUAUGCUGGCAAAAGUCUAUUACCAAAGAAAAAAAUGGAAAAGUGAAGACUAUAUAAGUGAUGAGGAUCUUGAAAGUGAGAGUGAACCCAAAGCCUCCAAAGGCUCCAAAGUCUCUGUCCAGCAGACUGGAUAGCAAGGACUCUGUGAUGCCCCAUCUUUCAGAGCAAUUGUCUUCAGUGGAUCAAAAAAAUGGAAAAGAAAAAACAGGCACUACAUUAUUUCCCGGAAGUCAAACCUAUAUGUGUGAUUUCUAGUGCACCAGAAAUUAUAGAUAUUUUCAUGUACAUGUAAUAUAUACAUAUACACAUAUAUGAUUCCAAAGACAAUUUAUUUAUAAGAAAGGCCCAAUUAUGAGUUUUAUAUUACAUUUUUCUCAUUUUAAAAGUUAUUUCACACUGUGUUAGCCAGAAGUCAGCAAUUCUGUUAGUUAGUAGGCAUGCUAUAGAAGAAGUUAUAAUAAAGAUAAUGCCAUGAUUAAA